AUGCGCUACACCGACAUUCUCCUCAUCGCCACCACAUCUGGUGCCAUAGCAGCGGGCCUCGAAAACCGUGGUCUCUUAGCAUGCGUUGAUACCGUAGCAGAGCACAGAUCCGUCACCAUGGACCUUCCCACCCUGUCCGCGACUGGUAUCGACGAGGACGACAUCCCAACCAUCACGAAAGCCUGCGAGUUGCCCACGCUCACAGGUGUGCCCGGCUGCAUCUUGACCUCGUUCACCUCCAGACUGAAGUCUUGGACGAGCGCUCACAGCAGCGAGCUCAGCGCUGUCUGGUCCGCUUGCAAGGACGAGGACUUUGUCGGCAAGAUUACUUCUCUUGCCGAGAACUACGGCCCCGUUUGCUCGGCUGUAGCAGAGUUCAGUCAUUCCCUCGAUGAAACUACAGUGGUUGCGACUACGACCGCUACCGGUACUGCGGCUACUGAGACUGGAGUCGCAGCUACUGGCACCAGAGGGGCGGCGGCUGCUGCUACGACUAGCUUGCCCAACGCUGCGUCGCGAGAGACGGGGAUUGUUAUGGUUGCUGUUGCGGCUGCUGGAGUUGUCUUUGCUGCUAUUCACUUGGAGAGACUUCUUACUUGA